GGUUAUCCGUGGAUCCGGUAUCCGGUGUCGAAAACUUAUCGCUAUUGUAGAAAUAAAACUAUUCAUAUCUUUGUUUUAUUUAUUCAUUACGCAAAAAUGAUCCACAAAAAAAGAUAAAAUUUGGUAGUGUUAAAUUUAAUUUGUGACAAGUCAGUAUAAUUUGGUUUGCCUUCUACAAAAAAAGUGAGGUUAACAAUGUCUCUCAGGGCAAUUAAAUAUGAGAACAACACAUUGGAAAUAUUAGAUCAGCUACUGUUGCCAGCCCAAUCUAAAUACAUUCUAGUGAAGGGGGUAGAGGAUGGCUGGAAAGUGAUAAAUAAGAUGCAGGUACGUGGAGCGCCUGCUAUUGCUAUUGUCGGAUGCUUAAGCUUGGCUGUGGAAAUUAAAGGAGAGAAAUUCGAAUCAAAGAAACAAUUGCGACAGGAAAUUGAAGGGAAACUAAACUAUUUAGUAUCGUCUCGUCCUACGGCCGUUAACAUGAAAAUUGCGGCUGAAGAUCUUAUUACUUUAGCAAAUCAACUAGCUGAAGAUGCGAAUGUAAAUUUAGAAGAUAUGAAAAUCAAGUUCCUUACAACAAUAGAAGAUAUGUUGGAGAAAGAUAUAGCUGAUAACCGAGCAAUUGGUGAGAAUGGGGCCAAAGAAAUUUUAACACGUGUGUCUGGAGACAGUUUAGUGAGAAUAUUAACACAUUGUAAUACUGGUUCACUGGCUACUGCUGGUUAUGGUACCGCCUUAGGGGUCAUUCGAAGUUUGCAUGAAAUGAAGAGAUUGGAACAUGUUUACUGCACCGAAACUAGACCAUACAAUCAAGGUGCUCGAUUGACUGCAUACGAAUUAGUCCAUGAUAAAAUCCCAGCUACAUUAAUUCUUGACAGUAUGGUCGCUGCUCUGAUGAAACAUCGUAAUAUUACGGCUGUGGUUGUUGGUGCAGACCGGGUUGCCGCUAAUGGUGACACCGCAAACAAAAUCGGAACUUACCAAAUAGCGGUGGCAGCUAAACACCACGGCGUGCCAUUUUAUGUCGCCGCUCCUUUGACUUCCAUAGAUAUGAAAGUAAUCAGCGGAGACCAUAUUGUGAUUGAAAAACGACCCGAUAGAGAGAUGACUCACGUCGGAGAACACAGAAUAGCAGCCAAAGGAAUUGCUUGCUGGAAUCCCGCCUUUGAUGUAACUCCAGCUAGUCUGAUCGCAGGAAUCAUUACCGAACACGGCGUGUUCAGGCCGGAACAGCUUAAAGAGGAAUUCACCGAUGCCAGUACUUGAAUACUUUGUGAUGAGAAUGGAAAAAAAGUGAAACUAUUUUUAGACGAUUUUUACUUUUUACCAAGUUUGGAGUUAUACAAAUUUUUGUUAUUCGCUUUUCAAUAUAUUUAACCGGGAUUUUGUAACAGGAACUUUUAUUUAUAGCUUUUUUUCUAAAAUGUUGGAGAAAUAAAAUGUUAACCUCUAUUCGGGUGAUUUUGUCAAGUUUCGUCGGUGAUGAAUGUUCUCAUAUAUAUAUUUUUUGAGGUAAUAAAUGGUGUCUA